AUGACCUGGCUCCAUCGCCUCAAUCCCACGCCUACGUUUCCGGCGCACACCGGACCCUACAAAGUUGGAUCUAUAGACGUAGAAAUACCGACAAGUGAACUGAAAAGCCCCACUGUAGACACGCCUCCUGCGGACCUGCCUACAGUCGCUUUCCGAAUCUUCUAUCCUUGCACCCAAGAGAGCAAUCAAAAGGCCGCCAGAUGGAUCCCAAGCCCGCCCAGGGAGUAUGUCAGUGCAUAUGCAAGAUUUCUGGGUGCAAAUAGCGCGUUUGCGAGCGUCUUCUCAUUGUUCCCGCAACUCCUGUACUAUAUUUCCAUGCCCGUCCAUCAGAACGCUGAUAUCCUCGAACCACCUCAGAAGUCGAAUAGAUGGCCUGUCUUGGUAUUCUCGCAUGGUCUCGGUGGUUCACGCAACGCAUACUCACACAUCUGUGGUUCCCUAGCAAGCCACGGAAUCGUUGUUGUAGCGCCGGAUCACCGUGACGGAAGUUCGCCCUUGUCAAUUCACCACACGCCAGAAGACAAAGCCAAGUUCAAGCGCGUUCCAUACAGACCGAUAGCACACAAACCGAGCACAGAAGUUUACGAGGCGAGAGACGAGCAAUUGAGAAUACGGUUGUGGGAAUUAGGCAUGAUUCACGAUGCGUUAUUGAAGAUCGACGAGGGUAGUCAGUUCAAGAACGUGACGGGAGAGCACUCCAAGAAGGGCGGAAAGGAUACAUUGGCCAUGUUCUCUAAUUUACUGAACGUUCAUGAGCCGGGCGCGGUAAGCUUUGCAGGCCAUUCUUUUGGCGCGUGUACGAUGAUUCAGUUUGUCAAAUCCGUGUACUACCGCACUUCCUCACCAGCUGGAGGCUACCAACCUCUCUACACACCCUUGGACGACUCGAGUAUUAGCCUCCAGGUUACGCCCGCCAGUCCUGUCAUUCUGUUGGAUCUUUGGACGCUUCCCAUCCAAAGUCCAGACACCGCAUGGCUCCGCUCAAAGUCUAUGCCCUGCUACGAUGCCGCGGCUGGCGGAUCGAACCUUCUUGCUAUCCUUUCUGAAGGCUUCAAAAACUGGACACCCAACUUCAAUGAAACGAAGCGCAUUGUCGCCAAACCCCUGCAGUCCCAAACGAAGCAACCAGGCCCACAUAUCUUCUACCCCAUUUCCUCUGCACAUCUUUCACAGAGUGAUUUCGGCGUUUUGUUCCCGUGGCUUACGACAAAAGUUUUUGGUGCGAGGGAGCCGGAGCGUGUGUUGAAACUGAACACAAGGGCUAUCCUACAGACCUUGCGUGAAAGUGGGAUCAGAGUUGCAAACACCAGUGCGCAGGACCUUGAGAUCGACAGCGCAGAAACCAAAGAUCAGAGUCUGGCACAAGACACGAGCAUCUUAAGCCGCACGGCAGACCGCGUGCGCGGAUGGGUCAAUCUGAGUGCCGAUAUAGAGGUUGGCUUGGAUCUCAAUGGUGUUGAGAAAGUGCAAGGUAAGAGUCUUGUGGGCACGCCAAUGGAGAAAAUCGUAAGUGGAAGCCCGGGCGAAGCCAUGGUUGAGGGCGAAGUAUUGGGGCAGGUCGUGGAAGCGAGUAAGAAGUAA